AUGACCACGUGGGGACGUUUUUGCAGAGGUAGCAAAACAUCCGCAGUGACGCUCGCCUGUCCGUCAGUGAGCAUGGAAAAACUUUCUUUUCUUUCUUUUUGACAGUAAACAAUCGCAAGAAAAAGCCGCAGAGCUUUCGCUAUCUCGAUCCCUUCUUUUAGACCAUGCCCCACGACCCGGAGCCUCCUCCGGCUAAAAAAUUCAAGCCGGGCUCAGUGUUUUUCCGCCUCGAUAAGAAUAAACCUGGAAUGCUGCUGCCAAGGAAGGGAAAUGUAACCACUCCUAUAGACGUCCAGAGAAAACAGCUGCCAAUCUACCAGGCCAAACCUCAGCUGCUGAACCAACUGAGACAGCUUCACAAUGCUAUUCUGAUAGGGGAGACCGGUUCUGGGAAGACCACUCAGAUCCCGCAGUAUCUGUAUGAAGCUGGUAUUGGACGACCGGGUGUGAUUGCCAUCACUCAGCCCCGUCGAGUUGCUGCUGUCUCACUGGCAGGAAGAGUGGCAGAGGAGAAGAGGACUCAACUGGGAAAACUGGUUGGUUACACGGUGCGUUUUGAGGAUGUCACAUCCUCUGAGACGAAGUUGAAGUUCAUGACAGAUGGCAUGCUCCUGCGGGAGGCCAUCGGAGACCCCUUGCUGUUGCGCUACUCUGUUGUGGUCCUGGAUGAAGCUCACGAGCGCACCGUGCACACGGAUGUGCUGUUCGGUGUGGUUAAGACCGCUCAGCGCAGGCGCAGAGAGCUUAACAAGAUUCCUCUCAAGGUCAUAGUGAUGUCAGCCACGAUGGAUGUGGAUUUGUUCUCAGAGUACUUCAACAAGUCACCUGUAUUGUACCUAGAGGGGAGGCAGCAUCCUAUUCAGAUCUACUACACUAAGCAUCCCCAGUCGGACUAUCUGCAAGCUGCGCUCAUUUCUGUCUUCCAGAUCCAUCAGGAGGCACCUCCGUCCCAUGACAUCUUAGUCUUCAUGACAGGCCAGGAGGAGAUCGAGGCCCUGGCGAGGACAUGCCGGGACAUCGCCAAGCAUCUGCCGGAUGGCUGUAGUCCCAUGGUAGUUAUCCCUUUGUAUGCCUCGCUGCCCCCAGCACAGCAGCUCAGAGUCUUUCAGCCAGCUCCUAAGGGCUGCAGGAAGGUCAUUCUAUCAACUAACAUUGCUGAGACGUCAGUAACAAUCUCUGGGAUCAAAUACGUUAUCGACACGGGGAUGGUGAAGGCCAAACGUUUCAAUCCUGACAGUGGUCUGGAGGUGCUGGCAGUGCAGCGGGUUUCUAAAGCACAGGCGUGGCAGCGAGCAGGCCGAGCUGGAAGGGAGGACUCGGGCUCCUGCUAUCGUCUCUACACUGAGCAGGAAUUUGACAACCUCAUCCCCAUGACUGUACCUGAGAUCCAGAGAUGUAACUUAGCCAGUGUGAUGCUCCAUCUCAUGACUCUGGGCAUUCCAGAUGUGAUGAAUUUUGAUUUCAUGUCCAAGCCAUCUCCUGAGGCUGUCAGGGCUGCUGUAGAACAUUUGGAGCUAUUGGGAGCUGUGGAGAGGAAGGAAGGACAGGUUUCUCUCACUGCUCUGGGAAAGAAAAUGGCCAGCUUCCCUCUGGAGCCUAGAUAUGCCAAGACCAUCCUGCUGUCCCCGGACUACUGCUGUUCAGAGGAGGUUUUGAGCAUUGUGUCACUGUUGUCAGUGGACAGUGUACUGUACAACCCUCCAGCGCGACGGGAAGAGGUGCUUGCUGCACACAAGAAGUUCAUUUCUAGCGAAGGAGACCACAUGACGCUGCUCAACAUUUACAGAGCAUUCAAGAAAGUCGGUGGUAACAAGGAGUGGUGUCGGGAGAACUUUGUCAACAGCAGGAACAUGAAUCUGGUGAAAGAAGUCCAGGCUCAACUCAGAGAAAUCUGCCUUAAGUUGAGUCUGAAGUUGGAGUCGUGUGGUUCAGAGACGGGGAACGUUCGCCGCUGCCUCGCCCACGGGAUGUUCAUCAACGCUGCAGAGCUGCAGCCUGAUGGCAGUUACUUGGCUCUGGACACUCACCAGUCCGUGGCCAUCCACCCCUCCUCCGUUCUUUUCCAGGCCAAGCCAGCAUACGUGGUGUUCAAUGAGCUGCUGCACACGUCCCGCUGCUACAUGAGAGACCUCUGUUUGGUUGAUGCCGACUGGCUGCUGGAUGCAGCACCAGAGUACUUUGGCCGCAAGCUCCACCUCACUAAGAGCUAACCAAUGGAGCAACAGGACACCUGCCACAAAACACAAUGUAUUCAAUGGAUUAAAACACUUUUUGUGUACUAAACUUCUCUGGAUUCCACUACCUCCCAGUUGACGAGCAUCUGGCAUGUGUCACUGCAGUAGAAAUCUGCAUAUAGAGGCCUCACAACUCGAGACUAAUUCAAAUUUUAUAAGCUGUAUUUCUUCUGCCUGACAACAUUUCAUCCCAACAUUCGACCUCGUUUGACACCUAGACAGGAGAUUUUUUUUUGAGGCAUUGUGCUUCAGUUCUUUCAGCAUUUGCAUGCAUUUUAGCAGCUCAAGUAUCCUCAGAGGAGCACAGUUAGCAUAGAACUUUAAAAUGUUACUCUUCAUGUGUUCAUUUCACCGAUUAUUGUACUGAACUUGUUAUGCCACCUGCAUAACAGCAUUCAGAUCGCUACAACAGACUGGCUCAUGGCUGUUCUUUUCAAUGUAUUUGUGAAUUAUAGUGAGGACCUGGUUUGCCUCAAAUAUGAGUUAAACUUUGCCACCACUUAGUUCUGGGGUUUACACAAAGGGAUCUUAAAGGGUUUUCUAUUUGCAAAGACAUUAGAUUAGUUUGACACGGAAAAACACCAGCGUUUCAAGUCAAAAUAUUAUAUUCUCACAUCACCAUGACAUAAUUUCACUGUACUGGUCUACAUGCAGCACUUAGCUUGUUAGCUUGUGCAUGCUUAUUUUUCUCAUCUAUAACUUUAUUAUCACUUCUUCCCCAUAUAAUAUGCACGUCAGGAGAAGUAGCAUGCCUUUUUCUCCAGGUUCUGCUCUUUGCUGUUGUGUGUUGCACAGAUCCUUACUUACCCCAACGUAGACCAACCACACAUGUAUACUGACAACAGAUGUAUGCAAUGCAUGGAGAUUAUAGUCAACGAUCUGAUCACUCAGGUCCUCCAUACUAUUUAGAAUGUAAGUCACACCAUGUUGAGGAAUAGGAUAGAUGCUCCACUUGUCUUUUUCCACUCUGGACUCAGGAUUGUAAAAUAUACUCUGUAAUCAGAAUAAAUUGUACAAAGAGCUUCUAACUUUGCAAUCGGAUGCAUCUGAGGUUGCUGUAGAGAAUUGUUAGACUAUGCUGUUUUUUCUGUUGCUGAAUUUCUUAGAAAUCAUUCUGCCCAUUUGGUUUCCAGGUGCACCAUUUAAGAUCCGCAUGUACUUUACAUGAUGAAAUGCACGCCUUUGAUGAGGAAAUGAUUUGUUACAGACUUACAUAACCACACUUGUUAUAAUUUCUAAUAAAAAAAAUCCAACCA